GUGGGUCGAAUGAAAAUUUAAGUCUGCUGAUUUAUUUAUUAAAAUCUUCUUCAAUAUUCGUUUGGAAUUGUGGAUUGUAUUUUCUUGAUGGAGUAUCCGAAGCGUCCGAGACCAUUUUUCAAACGGCCUAAAAGAACGCCUUUCAGCUAUCGAUAUCCAAGGCUCGUUUCGUACUCUUUAAUCGCUGGAUCAAUGUUGAUUUUAUUUAGCAGAGUAUUUUAUGAUAUGAUAUUCAGACCGCCGACAUUAAAAUAUGAAGACUUAACUCCUGAACAAAGAAAGAAAAUUGUUGAACGAGGUAGAAGGCUCUGGAUACAAGAACGAGAAAACAGAGAGGUUUUUGAUACUAAAGCUUAGAUGAAAAUUUAGAUUUGACCUGUAAAAAUUGUAAUUUUGUAGUAAGAUGAAUCAAUUAAAAUUGCCAGAAAUGACUUAUCGAAAACCUGAGUUAUCUGACCUUUCACCUGAGUUGUUAUGUGAAAUUUUUCAAUGCCUCACUUUAAAAGAAGUGUUGUAUUUUUCAAUGCUUUCUCGGAAAAUGUUGUUUGCUGUUGAUCUGCAUUUAAGGCUGCGUAAAAGCAUAGAUUUUUGUGAAAGUAAAGUUCUUGCCUUCAUGCCAUCAACUGUGACAGAUGACACUAUGCAUUCUUUGCUUAAAAAAUGUCCACAACUGGAAGUAGUGUAUGGGUUAAAUCCUCUACAUGUGGAAAGACGUCGCUUACGAAAGAGAUCUUCCCUCACUGUUCCUGGAAUUAUUAAUGCAUUGAGUAUAUGUCCUUGUCUAAAAGCAAUUGAAACUUCUGAUUUGAAAUUACUUGAAGCCAUAAUGCAACAGUUGCCCCAGCUUGAAAUAAUCGGUCGAGUUCAAAAUAGAGAUGCUCAUUUCCCACCUCAGGCUUCACAGAGAUUUAAGCUACAACCCUAUCCUAAGAUUACAACUUUGAAUUUGAUGGGUGUGGAAGUGCCAGAACUAACUGCUAUGCCUCAUUUGCAACAUCUUUUUCUACAGUGUGUUCGCUUCACAAAACUGCAGCCUUUUAGAGCCUUCAUUGCACAUAACUUACAAACUUUUGUUAUGAAACAUUGUAUUGGACCUUCUCUAUCACUAAGAUAUUUGUCUCUCAUUAUUGCCCUAAGCUCCUCACCAUGUUUACGUCGGUUGGAACUAGUACGUGUGCCUUUACCGAGUGGUUUACUACAAAGAGCUGUUGAAGAUUCAUACAGACAUAAUGGCUUUGUAAAUUUGACUUCACUUGUAAUAUCAGGCUGUAAGGGGAUUUUGGAAACUGAUAUUGGUCACCUUUUGAUUGUAUCUAGUCAGAAUAUGGAACAGCUUUAUAUUCAACCUUCCUUGACUAAGGAUAGUUUAUUUGUAUCUUUGUCUUUUGCACAGUGCUCUUUUCCAAAACUUAAAACACUGUAUUUGGGCUAUGUGGAUGAAUUUAACACUGGUGGUGAAUAUUCUAAUGAAGCUUUGCUAAAUUAUGGUUUGGCUGAAGUUCCAGAUACACCUGCUUCUUUAACUGACAGCGGAAUGAAAGUGAUAGGGGAAUUAUUCCCUGGCUUGGAAACUUUAUCUGUUACUAACUGUCCGCACUUAAUAUCGAUGGAUCAGUGGUCUGAAGGUGAAACUCAAUGGCAACAUUUGUUAGAUCUGACUCUUCAACGAUGUCAUUGUUUACGUCUGUCAUCAUUUGCUUCAUUUAUUUCCACUCUACCUAAAAUAGAAGUAAUUAUUUUGGUUGAUAUGUUUCGGGAACCUCCAAAAGGCUGUAGCCAUGUUGGUUUGAGUGCUGGCACUGGACUUGGAAUGUCUUCAGCUGUUGUAAGCAAUCAAGAUGAGCACAUUGCUGUGCAAGGUCACCAGCAGGAUUUUGAGCUUCCAGCUGAUGAAAAUGUACCUGAUAAUGAAGAUAUUGAUCCUUUUCCUCAUGAACCUCAUUUGAUAGUUUUAGAGCGAGACCUGUUUGAUGAACAAGACUUAGAUUUCAUUGAAGAACGGAUUCCGGAGUUGGAGAAUAUUAUUAACCCUAUUGAUAAUAAUGUUAGAAAUGACGUUGAAGAUCAUAGCUCUGACCAGAAUGAAAAUAAAGUAAGUGUAGCAGUCAAUAAACCUGAAGAAUUAUCCUUAGAGGAUGAUAAUAUCUCUUUAGUAGGUCCAAAAGUAGUAGAAUAUAAUACCAGUGAGUCUUCUGAUUCUGAAAUGAAUCAAAAAGCCAAGCGUAAGAAAAAAGAUGCAAUUCAAAUUUUAUCUGCGCCUCAAGAUUGUAAAUGUUGUGAUCCGAAUCAGCCAUCAACAUCUACUGCUACUUGUAGGCAUAAUUUUAAUGCAUCCGAUGAGUCUUUGGGUAAUCGUAUUAAAACUGAAUGUAUUUCUGAUGGUAAAGUGUUUGAGGAUGAAUUAGUUGGAACACCUUCUCACUUGACAUUAAAUUCGGAAGCAACUGACCCUAAAGGCUUGUCAGUAAAGAUUAAACAAGAAAAUUUUUCAGAUGAAGAGAAGGAACCUGACACGGCUUGUUUAAAAACAGAUGCUGAAAAACAUUUUGAAAGAAAUAAUUUGUAUGUUGGCCCAAUGACUCGUCAUCGAAGAAAAAUCCUUGCUGAUGAAGCAGAAAUGGAACAGCUUACAAAUAGUAAAAAAAAAUUUAGAGGGCUGAAGAAAAACAAAAGAAAAGUGAUUGUCCAUGGCAGUAAGGCACUAACAGUUGAUGAUCUUCAGCCCACUCUGUGUUUGCACAGAGUUUCAGUUGAGGAUGAAAACUUUAGCACAGCACCAACAGAAUGUGAAAAUGGAAACUUAAAUUGUAAAGACAGCACUCCAUCUGUAAUAAAUGCUUCCAAUUCACAUGCUCCCAAAAAUGAGGCUUCAAUUGACAUGAAAGAUAAAGUUCAGCAAUCUAGUAAAUGUUCCACUAAGCCUUUCAGGCAUUUAUGUAAAUCUCCAGCUAAAAUAAAAGAACUUGAAAAUAGAAGGGCUUCUGUUGCAGCAAAUCAGCAAAACCAUCAUAAUGAGAUUUCUGUUACCAGUCAAGGAACACAAGCUACAAGUGAAGAUAUCAAACAUUGUAUCAAAAGGAUGAAAAAUCAAAAGAAAGAUUCUGAAAAAUCUGGGAGAAAUAAAAGAAAAAAAUCAUCAUCACAUUUGAAAUAUAGUGCUAUAUCUCGUCGUGUUACACAUAAACGCAAGCGAUCUGCUUCUUCAAGCAUAAAAGAAAAUAAAGCAACCAGCACAAGUGAUCCACUUUUGGAAGAAGAUGCAGUGCAGGUUCUAAGACUAGCAUCUGAAACACUGCACAGCUUGACUAUUGUAUCCUGUGGAUUGUCUGACAUCAUUAUUAAUCGUAGCAAUCAGCUGCGGCAUGUUGAAGUACAAGCUUGUCGCAUUUUGAAAAGCUGUGAAAUUUAUUAUUGCCCAUCCUUGAGACAUUUAAAUAUUAGUCAGUGUCCAAAGCUCUCUUUUGAGAGCGUAUUUCCAUUCAUUCUUGAGCUUGAAACUCAUGGGCAUUUGAUGAUGUCAUUUGAACCAUGGAAUAAGAAUUAUGACCCUGGUGAUACAGAAAGUGCUCUAUUUUAUGCUGCCAAUUUAGAUCAGAAUAUUAUUUUGUGUGAAGAUUAUACUGAGUCACCCGAAGAGGCAAAUCAAUUUUUUUUAAAGAAUCGCCUCUUUGCGUGGAUGGAGUCUCUGGAUAGUUUGGUGCCUCUCUUUGGGUUUAACCGUAAAGAACCAAAACUAAAAUUUAAAUCUGAAGAUCCUUUAACUUUUCCCUGGUGUCAUGAUUUGAGAAGAGUAGUUGGUCUCUAUCGUCAAGUUGUUCUAGAGCAUAAACUUGACAAGGAAUUAAAAUUUCAGAUUUUGACAAAUAAUUCCUUGUUUGCUUCAGCAUUAGAAUUGAUUUCAUGGGAAGAAGGUUUUCCUAAGCCAGAAAGAAGUAUUUUGUCUGCUAAUUUAGGUGUAUUAUGUGAUGAUCUCAUAAAAGUUCAAAGGUUGCAAAGGACAAUCAAAGCUUUUUAUAUUUCAGUGGAUAAAUAUCCAGAAGAUAUUUAGAUGUUAAAAAUACAAAUGAUGUUGUAAUCCUUUUGUAAACAAUAUCUUAUUAAAACUUAUUUUAAACAUUGGAUAAAACUUUCAUUAUUUAAAUUCCAAUGGACAUUCUAAACUUUUCAUCUUACAAAA